AUGGCGGUGCUGCUGCAGGCGGGCGACAUCUUCGAUUUCACCAUCGAUGUCGAGGAGGGGGUGGUGGGCGGAGCGUCCAUCGACGCCCACGGAACGCCCCUGACCGACGAGGUCCUGGCCUUGGCCAAGUCCAGCGACGCGGUGGUGCUGGGAGCCAUGGGCGGACCCAAGUGGGAUGGACUGGACUAUUCCAUCCGCCCCGAGCGAGCGUUGCUGGCGUUACGCCAGGAGUUGGGCUUGUUCGCCAACCUUCGUCCGGUGAAGCUGUUCGCGCCGCUGGCGCAGGCUUCGACCCUCAAGCCCGAGGUGGUGGCGGGAACCGACCUGCUCGUCGUGCGCGAGCUGACCGGCGGCAUCUACUUCGGACAGCCCAAGGGCGUCACCACCGAGCCCGACGGUACCGAGCGGGGCUUCAAUACCCUGGUCUACACCACGCCCGAGAUCGAACGGAUCGCCAGGGUGGCCUUCGACGCCGCCCGCAGGCGGCGCGGCCGGGUGACCUCGGUGGACAAGGCCAACGUGCUGGAGUCCACCGAGCUGUGGCGCAGGGUGGUGACCCGGGUCCGCGACGAGGAAGGCUAUGGCGACGUCGAGCUCGACCAUGUGCUGGUGGACAACUGCGCCAUGCAGCUCAUUCGGGAUCCCAGGCAGUUCGACGUCAUCGUCACCACCAACAUGUUCGGAGACAUCCUGAGCGACGAGGCGGCCAUGCUCACGGGUUCCAUCGGCAUGCUGCCGUCCGCCAGCCUCGGCGGCAAGGUGGGCAUGUACGAGCCCGUGCACGGCAGCGCUCCGGACAUCACCGGGCAGGACAAGGCCAACCCGCUGGCCACCAUCCUUACGGUGGCGCUCAUGCUGCGCCACUCCUUUGACCAGGGCGCCGCCGCCGACUGCAUCGAACAGGCGGUGGAGCGGGUGCUUGAGGCCGGGCCACCGCACCCUGGACAUCUCCGAGGGGAAGGCCAACGUGGUGGGGUGCAAGGAGAUGGGUUCCCUGUGGGAGCGACCGGGGCGGUGGGCGAGGAGAUGCGGAAGAUUCUCGCGGAGCGGCUGUUCCCCGUGGACACCUUCGGUUGCUGGCUUCCGAGCGGUCCGCCGGCCAGCGGCUCGCUUUCGGUGCGGCCGCAGAUUCCGGUGGAGGUGCUGGACGACGAUUCUUUCGAAGACAUCGACAUCGCGCUGUUCUCGCGGGCUCGUCGGUCAGUGCCCAUGUUGGUGGCGCUGAAGCCCUUGUACGACGCCGCGGGCAUCACCCGCAUCGUGGUGUCCACCUAUCAGUCGGUGUCCGGAGCCGGACGCCGGGCCAUGGAGGAACUCGGCAAGCAGACCGCGGCGCUGUUCAACAGCCAGGAGGUGGAGUGCGAGCAGUUCCCGCAUCAGAUCGCGUUCAACUGCAUCCCGCACAUCGAUUCGUUUCUGCCCGACGGUUACACCAAGGAAGGUGAGAUGGUCCGGAGACCCGCAAGAUCCUGGACGACCCGGAAAUUCGCAUCACCGUCACCACCGCCACCGCGUGCGCGUGCCCGUCUUCUGCAGCCACUCCGAAUCCAUCAACGUCGAGACCCGACCAAGCUGUCGGCGGGCGAUGUCCGCGCCAUCCUCAGGAGGCUCCCGGCGUGCUGCUCCAGGACGACCCCCAGGGCAACGACUACCCCCCUCGCCACCCAGGCUACGGGCAGGACGUCCACAUACGUCGGGCGCAUCCGCGAGGAUGACUCCGUCGAGAACGGCAUCAAUCUAUGGGUUGUCGCCGACAACCUGCGCAAAGGCGCGGCCCUGAACGCGGUGCAGAUCGCCGAGAUCCUGAUCCGGGACUACCACUGA